ACACCGAGUAAAGCCACUUGCUGUGAUGAAUUCUCUUAAGGAAAUCCUAUUAAUACCACUCCUCCUCGUCAAUAUAGAAAUAGUCACUUCCAGUUGGUGGAAUUCCUCUGCCUCUUACUUGCAUGCAAGGCCUCCAGUGAAAACAGUCUAUAAUAAUGGUUUAAGAAUGACGGAGGGUGGACAUGUGGGUUCCUGGCUGCUGAGGAUCAUGGAUGGCGAUAAGUUUGUCUGCGGUGCCUCCUACUACAGUGCUCUUUACGCCCUGACCUCGUCGAACUGCCUGCAUAGCCAGAGGUCGAAGUUGGAAACACUCAGUGUGGAGUUCCUAACGCCGGACCCUCAGCAGGAGGAUCAGGGGGACUCGGAUGCCCGCUCCUUCGCCCUCAUCCGCACCGUUUUCACAUCGAAGGAGUGGCGCUGGCCGGAAACCUAUAUGGAUGUGGCUGUGAUCAAACUCAGCCACCGCCUGCGUGGCAACCUAAAAGAUUUCGUGAAGCUCUGCACCAAGCCACUGAGCUCUUAUAAUAUCCUAUCAGUAGUUUCCUGUGGAGCAGGACUCACUGAAGACGUGAAAACCGAAGGAGUCACAGUGCUCAAUCGCUUGGACUGCGAAUCCCAGUACGGCAGUGUGAUCCUGGGCGAAACUGUGGCCUGUGCCAAGGAAUCCAAGAGGAAACCCGGUUGCAUGUUUAGCCCCGGAUGUCCGGUGACCGCUGGAGAUCAGCUCUGUGGGAUCGUGGCCUGGGGACCUGCCUGCAAGAGACCCGGAAUGCCAGGGAUCUUCACCGAUAUCCAUCAGGUGCAAAAGUUUAUCUUGAGAGCGAUCAGUGGAAAGGGCAGGGUCAGUAGUGAUGACCACCGAAAGUCCGAGUCUAAACUUGUUCCCGAAUGGCACUCGGGCUUCUGGAUAAGCCGAUAAGCUGAAAUAAAAAAAAUUUAUUUUA